GGGUGAAUGAGUCCAUGAAAAUAUUAGGGAAGACACGAGGAUGAAUUUAGGAUGUUGGUAAUAUUUAAAAUGGGUCUGAAGAACGGGAUCAUUUAAAGUGAGCCGGUGUGUGAAUGUGACUGAAACCCGGGGAGAGUUGCCAAAAUCUGGAUCCUGUGUCAAGUCUGUGAUUGGACUUAAGUGCGCAGGUGGACCCAGGCCAGAGACAGCAGUGAAGAUGGGAGGUGGAGGCCAUCUGACGGAGGCAGGGGAGCCGGGCAGCGGGAGAGCCGGGGGGGUCUACACCUGGGAGGAGGUGCAGAGCCACUGCAACAGGAACGACCAGUGGCUGGUGAUUGAUCGGAAGGUUUACAACAUCACACAGUGGGCCAAAAGACACCCAGGAGGCAGCCGGGUCAUCAGCCACUACGCAGGAGAGGACGCCUCGGAGGCAUUCACUGCUUUUCAUCCCAACGUAAAAUAUGUACAAAAGUUUCUGAAGCCCCUGUUCAUUGGAGAGCUGGCAGCAACAGAGCCAAGUCAGGACCGGGACAAAAACGCGGCAAUCAUAAAAGAUUUCCACUCUUUACGUGCGAAGGCAGAGAGCGAGGGUCUGUUUGAAGCCCGGCCUCUGUUCUUCUGCCUCCACUUGGGUCACAUCCUGCUGCUGGAGGCCCUCGCCUGGCUCAUCAUCUGGGUCUGGGGGACCAGCUGGACUCUGACGUUUCUGAGCGCCUUCAUGCUGGCAACUGCUCAGUUGCAGGCUGGGUGGCUGCAGCAUGACUUUGGCCAUCUGUCUGUCUUUAAGAAAUCCAGCUGGAAUCACGUGUUGCACAAGUUUUCCAUUGGCCAUUUGAAGGGUGCGUCUGCUAACUGGUGGAAUCACAGACAUUUCCAGCAUCAUGCUAAACCCAACAUCUUCAGUAAGGACCCUGAUGUCAACAUGUUGCACGUCUUCGUGGUUGGAGCCACUCAACCAGUGGAGUACGGCAUAAAAAAGAUCAAAUAUAUGCCCUACCACUACCAACACCAGUACUUCUUUCUUGUUGGACCCCCGCUACUCAUUCCAAUUUACUUCCAUGUGCAGAUCAUACGCACCAUGAUUUCACGCCACGACUGGGUGGACCUGGCUUGGUCUUUGUCGUACUACCUUCGCUACCUGUCCUGUUCUAUACCCAUGUUCGGCCUGUUCGGCUCAGUGAUGCUCAUCACCUUUGUCAGGUUUUUGGAGAGUCACUGGUUUGUGUGGGUGACUCAGAUGAAUCACCUGCCGAUGGACAUCGACCACGAUAAGCACCGGGACUGGCUCUCCAUGCAGCUAAAGGCCACCUGUAAUAUCAAGCAGUCCCCCUUCAACGACUGGUUCAGCGGGCACCUCAACUUUCAAAUCGAACAUCAUUUGUUUCCCACGAUGCCGCGCCACAACUACCAUCAGGUGGCCCCACUGGUCCGUGCUCUGUGUGAGAAACAUGGGAUUCCUUACAACGUCAAAACAAUGUGGCAAGGCAUUGUUGAUGUUUUCAGGUCACUGAAGAACUCGGGCGACCUCUGGCUUGACGCGUAUCUCCAUAAAUGACGUCUUUUCUCUACACCGUACCUACAGGAAGUUUUUCUCUUCUACUGCAUCGUACAUUGAUUGUAUCUGUUCGGUUUUAUACUCCAGUUGAUAGUACGGGAAUGAUCCUUUCUUAGUGUCGUUUUAGUAUUUUCAGAUUCAGUGCGCAAUGUUUGUGCUCACAGGAUUUCUCUGAAUUGCCUUACAGCGCCUUGAGCAACAGUGGUAUGGUGUUAUAGAUACAGUUGUGAAAAUGGAUUGUGAGGUAUUUUAAAGUGAUGUUUUUUUCAUUAUCUAUCAUGCUGAAACAACAAAAAAUGACAAAUCCUGUUUAAUUGAGGAUAAGUUAUCAUUGUACUUAAUGGAACUUCUUUCUUGAUCUUACAUUAUACAAUAAAAUAACUUUUGACUG